AACAUUGCCUCUUUAAAUAAAAUUACUCCACGUUGUCAUUUAUCCCAUAAAUUAUAUCCUUGUGCAGAUGUGCGUGCAAGGCACGUUGUUAGCUAUUAUGACUCCGGAAAUAUUGGAGACGCUGAAUGUUGUUAUUGCGGUGCAAUGUUGUUUAAUUCUGAGAUUAAUGACGCGCAUUAUAAGAAGUUUAAAAAGAUUUCGUCUUCAUAUUGUUGUCGUUGUGGUGUAAUUAAACUUC